UUCUAGUUUUACAGGUUUCUCGUUCAAUUUAGGCCGAGGAUCUGAGCAGGCUACACUCCCCGCCGCCUUCGCCCAUACCGGAGCAGUGACGGAAAUGAUGCCUGCUCAAGAAUGAUCGCACACACACGUAGAAAAAAAAUGGGACCAGUCAUCUCUUGCUCUCGAACUAGAGCUACACGCGUGCGUAUACAUUUUGGGUGUAUAUGGAAGGAAACUAUCUGUUGGUGAACGCACGGAGACGCUACGCCGAGCGAGGAACGACUCACCGAAGCAUUCCCACAAUCCUGUGCUUCGCCCAGGGCAUUCGAAAGUUUUCGUCGGGUUUGUUGUUUGUGGGAGACAGGACGGAGUUAGCGGAAGCGAGCGGCCGUCACUAUGGCAGAUAACACUUCCAAUCAUCCGGUAAUAUCUGGAUACCUAACUAAAAAUAGCAAGAAGGUGUGUUAUGCCGUGGUCAAGGGUAGAACGAAACAGCACAGUGAACGGCUAGAAUUCUACGCCGACAAGAUACACUAUCUCAGUCACAACUCCAAACCGAACAAAGUGAUCAAGUUCAAGAAUAUGGAAUCGGUGGGAUUUCUAGGCAUGAGCCCCGGAAAGAUUGCAAACACCACAACAGAUCCCAAUGAAGGCACCUUCCGCCCGGUGACAGACCCACAGGCACGGUUUGUCAUCUCCCUGAAGUCGUCAGGCAUAUUCGGGCCGCAGUACUUGGAGCUGUUUGCACCAAACCCGUCGGCCUGCCGUUCCUGGGUAGAGGCUCUGCAGGAGUUCAUCACGGGCCAGCCAAGCAAAGAGAGACUUCGAUAUGAUCAUAUCUGGCAUGACAUUGUCAACAUGCGGUGGGGCUUGGGUGACAGCGUAUGCCCAACGGACAUUGUGCUUAGCCUGGCGCACAACUCCACUGAAAUCGCCCUUAUCUUGAAGGGUUAUCAGGAUCCAGUCUUCCGCUGUGAUAUAAACAGUGUGAAAAGAGUGACCAUCACAAUUUGUUCGCUCCAAAUUGACGUUGGCAAGGGAGCAUCAUGCGGUGAUGGCGCCAUAUUUCUGCGGGCUUCUCAAUCAGCAACUCUCACGGCGAUUAUCGAGUCUCUUAGCCAGGUACUGUCAAAGCACACGUAUGCAGAAGAGCCUCCAGUGAAGCCACCGAGGCUUCGGCCAACGCCAAGAAGCAGAACACUACCAAGACGGAUCCGCCAAGAAGAGCCCAGCGCUGCAGGACAGAUGCAGCGUAGACACGCUCGCUCCAAUGCCCACCGCUGGGACUCCACGUCCGCACCCUCUGUGCCAGCCAUUGAUGUCGAUGAUGAGCCUAGGCGGGAGUUAGGUCGGGUCAACAUGGAAGACGGCUCCAGAAUGCUGUCCCGAACACUGUCGCACCGAGCGAAUGCAUUGGCUCGUAAUCUGUACAAUUUCACGUUUGAGAUCGAGGACACCUUGGUUUGAUUUGCUCCUGAGCAGCAGCGACCUCAACCACAUUCUCUCACUGUCACUGGCAAUGACAUGCAUAUGCAUGUUCACAGUGCUGGCCAGAGAAACCCAACCUCAUGAACAAAGGAGCGCCGCGUUCGAGUGCACAGACCAGUAGUACGCGCAGUGCUAGGGCCAGUAGGGGUGCAUAGCGCCCGGCAAUGCUAUUUUAUUCAUGAGGUUGGAUUUCUUUGACCAGUAUUGUACAUGCAUACAUGGUGGUAGUGGAACCGGACUGCCUCUCAUUGAACAUGCAUGGAGUUGGUUGUUUGUAUUUGUCAUACUCAAUAUGUACACUUAGCUGGUUCAACAUUGGUAAGUCGUCUCCUCAGUGUGUAGACUUCGUGGCUCGUGCUUGCAUUAAUGUUAUGUACAUGUAAAUAAACAUGUUGCAACAUACAUGGGCAUUGCUUCCAUUACCCAGUUUUUCCCGGCAUGCUUAAAUUUGCAAACAGCAGGAUUCUGCUCCUGGCACGGUGAUCAGCAGGCAUCUGCUAUUCCAGGCCCUGCCACACUGUGUCAUCUCUACUCCCAAUGAUACGCUUGACGGCACACAGUUAACCCUCUGCAUAGCACAUUUAUACUUCUUGUGUCAAUGCAUAUUGUACACAAUCUGUCACAUACUAUCUAGCUAGUGUGUGGUGGAUAGGGUAGGUAAAUGUGGGGUUCUUAUUUUCUAAUCCCUUCACUCAAACUGCUUGCCAACGUAGUCGAGAAAAUUCCCGGGAUGUGAUUAUGGCAGAUGUAUGUGGCCAACCAAUCAACUUGCCCCAAAUCACAAAACGGAAAGUAGUUCAAAAAUAUUGUUCAUUGUCUUGUUUUUAUAAUUGUUUCUGCUGUGUGUUGUUAUUCCUUGCUGGCUGUGUCACUAGGAUAGCAUAGGUUUCUCAGUCUAGGCCACCUUGUUCUCCUUUUUUCUUAAAGCUCACCUACAGCUGCUGCCUAAUGAUUUCUACAUGCAAUCAUGAUAGAUGGUGCAACCAAAAUUCAAUGGCCGAUAUUAUGCACAUGGAGUUCGUUCGAUUGUGUGGAAGAAGACUAUGGUUGUGCCGUUUUUAUUACGGCAAUCCUAUUAUGUUAUUGAAAUUGCAUGCUAUGACACUCUGAAAUCUUCAGCGGAGAAAGCUUA